CAGGAUUGGCUGUUGAGGAUCACAUGUGCCUCCUGAUGAUAAAGUCAGACGGCGUGAGCAGGAGUAGACGGAUGGACGUACGGCAGGAUUAAACAGGUGAGAUCAGCUGAUCUGUCCGUGGUUUCAGACUGUCCUCGGAUUUCAUGUUUGAGAAAAACCUUCAGUGUUUGUGCGCCGUGUUAAAAUCAGCUGUUCUGACAACAAACAGUCUACUGUAAGAGAGAGAGAGAGAGUCUGUGUGUGUGUCUGUGUGUGUUUACUCGCUGUUAAGCAAAGCAAAUCAAACACACGCUGACCUCUGACCCCUGUGACGAACCAAUCACAGCAGGCUCAGACCACUGUGAUUGUGUCAGAAAUUAUGACUGUUGGAGUGAAAAAAGGAGAGAAAUUCAGACUGAGACCGAGAGUCAACGAGUAUGAGCGUAACAGGUCAGAGUCAACGAGUGUGAGCGUAACAGGUCAGAGUGUAACAGGUCAGAGUCAACGAGUGUGAGUGUAACAGGUCAGAGUGUAACAGGUCAGAGUCAACGAGUGUGAGCGUAACAGGUCAGAGUGUAACAGGUCAGAGUCAACGAGUGUGAGCGUAACAGGUCAGAGUCAAUGAGUGUGAGUGUAACAGGUCAGAGUGUAACAGGUCAGAGUCAACGAGUGUGAGUGUAACAGGUCAGAGUCAACGAGUGUGAGUGUAACAGGUCAGAGUCAACGAGUGUGAGUGUAACAGGUCAGAGUGUAACAGGUCAGAGUCAACGAGUGUGAGUGUAACAGGUCAGAGUCAACGAGUGUGAGUGUAACAGGUCAGAGUCAACGAGUGUGAGUGUAACAGGUCAGAGUGUAACAGGUCAGAGUCAACGAGUGUGAGCGUAACAGGUCAGAGUCAAAGAGUGUGAGUGUAACAGGUCAGAGUCAACGAGUGUGAGCGUAACAGGUCAGAGUGUAACAGGUCAGAGUCAACGAGUGUGAGUGUAACAGGUCAGAGUGUAACAGGUCAGAGUCAACGAGUGUGAGUGUAACAGGUCAGAGUCAAUGAGUGUGAGUGUAACAGGUCAGAGUCAAUGAGUGUGAGUGUAACAGGUCAGAGUGUAACAGGUCAGAGUCAACGAGUGUGAGUGUAACAGGUCAGAGUCAACGGGUGUGAGCAUAACAGGUCAGAGUUAACGUGUGAGUGUAACAGGUCAGAGUCAACGAGUGUGAGUGUAACAGGUCAGAGUCAACGAGUGUGAGUGUAACAGGUCAGAGUGUAACAGGUCAGAGUCAACGAGUGUGAGCAUAACAGGUCAGAGUCAACGAGUGUGAGUGUAACAGGUCAGAGUCAACGAGGCAACGAAUGUGAGUGUAACAGGUCAGAGUCAACGAGUGUGAGUGUAACAGGUCAGAGUGUAACAGGUCAGAGUUAACGAGUCAACGAAUGUGAGUGUAACAGGUCAGAGUCAACGAGUGUGAGUGUAACAGGUCAGAGUCAAUGAAUGUGAGUGUAACAGGUCAGAGCGUAACAGGUCAGAGUCAACGAGUGUGAGUGUAACAGGUCAGAGUCAACGAGUCAACGAGUGUGAGUGUAACAGGUCAGAGUCAACGAGUGUGAGCGUAACAGGUCAGAGUCAACGAGUGUGAGUGUAACAGGUCAGAGCGUAACAGGUCAGAGUCAACGAGUGUGAGUGUAACAGGUCAGAGUUAACGAGUCAACGAGUGUGAGUGUAACAGGUCAGAGUGUAACAGGUCAGAGUCAACGGGUGUGAGCGUAACAGGUCAGAGUUAACGUGUGAGUGUAACAGGUCAGAGUCAACGAGUGUGAGCGUAACAGGUCAGAGUCAACGAGUGUGAGCGUAACAGGUCAGAGUCAACGAGUGUGAGCGUAACAGGUCAGAGUCAACGUGUGAGUGUAACAGGUCAGAAUCAACGAGUGUGAGCGUAACAGGUCAGAGCGUUACAGGUCAGAGUCAACGAGUGUGAGCGUAACAGGUCAGAGUCAACGAGUGUGAGUGUAACAGGUCAGAGUGUAACAGGUCAGAGUCAACGAGUGUGAGCGUGACAGGUCAGAAUCAACGAGUGUUAGUGUAACAGGUCAGAGUCAACGAGUGUGAGCGUAACAGGUCAGAGCGUUACAGGUCAGAGUCAACGAGUGUGAGCGUAACAGGUCAGAGUCAAUGAGUGUGAGUGUAACAGGUCAGAGUCAAUGAGUGUGAGUGUAACAGGUCAGAGUCAACGAGUGUGAGUGUAACAGGUCAGAGUGUAACAGGUCAGAGUUAACGUGUGAGUGUAACAGGUCAGAGUCAACGAGUGUGAGUGUAACAGGUCAGAGUCAACGAGUGUGAGUGUAACAGGUCAGAGUGUAACAGGUCAGAGUCAACGAGUGUGAGCAUAACAGGUCAGAGUCAACGAGUGUGAGUGUAACAGGUCAGAGUCAACGAGGCAACGAAUGUGAGUGUAACAGGUCAGAGUCAACGAGUGUGAGUGUAACAGGUCAGAGUGUAACAGGUCAGAGUUAACGAGUCAACGAAUGUGAGUGUAACAGGUCAGAGUCAACGAGUGUGAGUGUAACGGGUCAGAGUCAAUGAAUGUGAGUGUAACAGGUCAGAGCGUAACAGGUCAGAGUCAACGAGUGUGAGUGUAACAGGUCAGAGUCAACGAGUCAACGAGUGUGAGUGUAACAGGUCAGAGUCAACGAGUGUGAGCGUAACAGGUCAGAGUCAACGAGUGUGAGUGUAACAGGUCAGAGCGUAACAGGUCAGAGUCAACGAGUGUGAGUGUAACAGGUCAGAGUUAACGAGUCAACGAGUGUGAGUGUAACAGGUCAGAGUGUAACAGGUCAGAGUCAACGGGUGUGAGCGUAACAGGUCAGAGUUAACGUGUGAGUGUAACAGGUCAGAGUCAACGAGUGUGAGCGUAACAGGUCAGAGUCAACGAGUGUGAGCGUAACAGGUCAGAGUCAACGAGUGUGAGCGUAACAGGUCAGAGUCAACGUGUGAGUGUAACAGGUCAGAAUCAACGAGUGUGAGCGUAACAGGUCAGAGCGUUACAGGUCAGAGUCAACGAGUGUGAGCGUAACAGGUCAGAGUCAACGAGUGUGAGUGUAACAGGUCAGAGUGUAACAGGUCAGAGUCAACGAGUGUGAGCGUGACAGGUCAGAAUCAACGAGUGUUAGUGUAACAGGUCAGAGUCAACGAGUGUGAGUGUAACAGGUCAGAGUGUAACAGGUCAGAGUCAACGAGUGUGAGCGUAACAGGUCAGAGUGUAACAGGUCAGAGUCAACGAGUGUGAGCGUAACAGGUCAGAGUCAAUGAGUGUGAGUGUAACAGGUCAGAGUGUAACAGGUCAGAGUCAACGAGUGUGAGUGUAACAGGUCAGAGUCAACGAGUGUGAGUGUAACAGGUCAGAGUCAACGAGUGUGAGUGUAACAGGUCAGAGUGUAACAGGUCAGAGUCAACGAGUGUGAGCGUAACAGGUCAGAGUCAACGAGUGUGAGUGUAACAGGUCAGAGUCAACGAGUGUGAGUGUAACAGGUCAGAGUGUAACAGGUCAGAGUCAACGAGUGUGAGCGUAACAGGUCAGAGUCAACGAGUGUGAGUGUAACAGGUCAGAGUCAACGAGUGUGAGUGUAACAGGUCAGAGUGUAACAGGUCAGAGUCAACGAGUGUGAGUGUAACAGGUCAGAGUGUAACAGGUCAGAGUCAACGAGUGUGAGUGUAACAGGUCAGAGUCAAUGAGUGUGAGUGUAACAGGUCAGAGUCAAUGAGUGUGAGUGUAACAGGUCAGAGUGUAACAGGUCAGAGUCAACGAGUGUGAGUGUAACAGGUCAGAGUCAACGGGUGUGAGCAUAACAGGUCAGAGUUAACGUGUGAGUGUAACAGGUCAGAGUCAACGAGUGUGAGUGUAACAGGUCAGAGUCAACGAGUGUGAGUGUAACAGGUCAGAGUGUAACAGGUCAGAGUCAACGAGUGUGAGCAUAACAGGUCAGAGUCAACGAGUGUGAGUGUAACAGGUCAGAGUCAACGAGGCAACGAAUGUGAGUGUAACAGGUCAGAGUCAACGAGUGUGAGUGUAACAGGUCAGAGUGUAACAGGUCAGAGUUAACGAGUCAACGAAUGUGAGUGUAACAGGUCAGAGUCAACGAGUGUGAGUGUAACAGGUCAGAGUCAAUGAAUGUGAGUGUAACAGGUCAGAGCGUAACAGGUCAGAGUCAACGAGUGUGAGUGUAACAGGUCAGAGUCAACGAGUCAACGAGUGUGAGUGUAACAGGUCAGAGUCAACGAGUGUGAGCGUAACAGGUCAGAGUCAACGAGUGUGAGUGUAACAGGUCAGAGCGUAACAGGUCAGAGUCAACGAGUGUGAGUGUAACAGGUCAGAGUUAACGAGUCAACGAGUGUGAGUGUAACAGGUCAGAGUGUAACAGGUCAGAGUCAACGGGUGUGAGCGUAACAGGUCAGAGUUAACGUGUGAGUGUAACAGGUCAGAGUCAACGAGUGUGAGCGUAACAGGUCAGAGUCAACGAGUGUGAGCGUAACAGGUCAGAGUCAACGAGUGUGAGCGUAACAGGUCAGAGUCAACGUGUGAGUGUAACAGGUCAGAAUCAACGAGUGUGAGCGUAACAGGUCAGAGCGUUACAGGUCAGAGUCAACGAGUGUGAGCGUAACAGGUCAGAGUCAACGAGUGUGAGUGUAACAGGUCAGAGUGUAACAGGUCAGAGUCAACGAGUGUGAGCGUGACAGGUCAGAAUCAACGAGUGUUAGUGUAACAGGUCAGAGUCAACGAGUGUGAGCGUAACAGGUCAGAGCGUUACAGGUCAGAGUCAACGAGUGUGAGCGUAACAGGUCAGAGUCAAUGAGUGUGAGUGUAACAGGUCAGAGUCAAUGAGUGUGAGUGUAACAGGUCAGAGUCAACGAGUGUGAGUGUAACAGGUCAGAGUGUAACAGGUCAGAGUUAACGUGUGAGUGUAACAGGUCAGAGUCAACGAGUGUGAGUGUAACAGGUCAGAGUCAACGAGUGUGAGUGUAACAGGUCAGAGUGUAACAGGUCAGAGUCAACGAGUGUGAGCAUAACAGGUCAGAGUCAACGAGUGUGAGUGUAACAGGUCAGAGUCAACGAGGCAACGAAUGUGAGUGUAACAGGUCAGAGUCAACGAGUGUGAGUGUAACAGGUCAGAGUGUAACAGGUCAGAGUUAACGAGUCAACGAAUGUGAGUGUAACAGGUCAGAGUCAACGAGUGUGAGUGUAACGGGUCAGAGUCAAUGAAUGUGAGUGUAACAGGUCAGAGCGUAACAGGUCAGAGUCAACGAGUGUGAGUGUAACAGGUCAGAGUCAACGAGUCAACGAGUGUGAGUGUAACAGGUCAGAGUCAACGAGUGUGAGCGUAACAGGUCAGAGUCAACGAGUGUGAGUGUAACAGGUCAGAGCGUAACAGGUCAGAGUCAACGAGUGUGAGUGUAACAGGUCAGAGUUAACGAGUCAACGAGUGUGAGUGUAACAGGUCAGAGUGUAACAGGUCAGAGUCAACGGGUGUGAGCGUAACAGGUCAGAGUUAACGUGUGAGUGUAACAGGUCAGAGUCAACGAGUGUGAGCGUAACAGGUCAGAGUCAACGAGUGUGAGCGUAACAGGUCAGAGUCAACGAGUGUGAGCGUAACAGGUCAGAGUCAACGUGUGAGUGUAACAGGUCAGAAUCAACGAGUGUGAGCGUAACAGGUCAGAGCGUUACAGGUCAGAGUCAACGAGUGUGAGCGUAACAGGUCAGAGUCAACGAGUGUGAGUGUAACAGGUCAGAGUGUAACAGGUCAGAGUCAACGAGUGUGAGCGUGACAGGUCAGAAUCAACGAGUGUUAGUGUAACAGGUCAGAGUCAACGAGUGUGAGCGUAACAGGUCAGAGCGUUACAGGUCAGAGUCAACGAGUGUGAGCGUAACAGGUGUGAGCGUAACAGGUCAGAGUCAACGAGUGUGAGCCUAACAGGUCAGAGUCAACGAGUGCGAGUUUAACAAGUCAGAGUCAAUGAGCCAGCCAGCAGGGGGAGCUCUAAAAGGUUGUGAUGUUAUUUUAGGGGGGCUGUGGUGGUCUCCAGACUCUACAGUUGAUGGGCUAUCUCCUCUGCAGGUCAACAUGGAUACCAUUAGAGGUCAUUUACAACAGGUGAGAUACGCCCCCACACGACAAGUCCUUCCUCUCCUUACCUGUAACCAUAGUAACACCUGUCCUCUCUCUGCAGUCUACUUCCGUGCCACUCCAGCGUUCACUGGCCGUAUUCGAUCAGAUGGAGGAGGAGGAGGGGGGAGGAGCUUCAAGGUUGGAGCUGAGGUUUGUGACAGCAGAGGCAGAUGAGGAGGUGGAGGCGGAGCCUGGCAGUGACAUCACAGCGUUGAUGCUGAGGCACCAUCAAGACAAACGUAAAGCCUGUGCAUUUCUGUGUGUGUGUGGAGUUAUCACCUUCACAGCAGGUACACACACACACACAAACACACACACUCACACAUGUAACACUGACAAGCCUGAUUGGUUGGCUGAUGUGUGGGCGUGGUCUAUUUUUUUUACAGCAUUCUUAUUGGCCUAUGCAGUUUUUAGUGGAUGUUACCACUGUUCCAAAGAAGGAGGGCAAAAGAAUGAAGAUGGACAGCCAGGAGGUGGAGCUAAACCACCGCCAGAGGGAGGGGCGGGGUUUUACCUGGGGGACCUGAGGGUGAUGAUGAAGAGGUUGCUGCAAGAUGAAGAUAUUUUCAACACAGUCAGGUACCGAUUACUAAAGAUUCGCUGGUUUUAGGUAAUUUUGAUGGUUAAAAAAAAAACAUUAAAAAUAUAAUUAAAAAAACAAAAGUGCAGUGACAACAUGUCAAAGGUUUUCUUAUUCAUCUCCUCUUAACGAGUGUCUCCGUUUGUCCUCCAAGUCGAGUCAGCAGAGCGAAUCAUCCUCCGGGCUCUUCAGAGGGGACGUCUUUGGCCUCAGAGAUCCUGGGACGCUUCAGAAAUCUACAGAUGGAUCACACCUGGACCGAGUCUCUGUACGCCACACUGCAGUUCCCUGACAGGUAGGUCAGUGUCAGCAGGUCUUUCAGAGCUUGGUGACAGAGCACACACCUGUCACCUGUUACCCCCAAUUUCCACCUUCAUCCUGACCGUCUCCUAAAAGGUCGUAUCCUCCGAUCGUAGCUGAUCGUAACCAUUCAAGUUAACGUGUCAAUUUACACCGACUUCUCUCCGUUCCUCUGCGGAUCGCCGGACUCCAAAGCUGAUCGUGGGAGUUCUAUUAUUUCUUGACGCUGGAGCAUGGCGGAUAAAUUCCGCCAUGAAAUUGGUCUCACCAACAGAUCUGGUAGGAAUUGGCGUAUGGCGAAAACCGCUGCCGUUCCGGAUGUGGUGGAAAUCCCGGGUUAGUCUCUCUGCUGUCUUGCAGGUCUCAGAAGAGCUCCCUGUGGCUGGUGAACUCUGAAGGACUGAUCCUUGAACAGAUUCUUCUGAACCCCUUUGACUUCUGUCCCUACAGCGCCACAGGAAGUAUCAUGGUGAGGCAAAGGGGCUGGAUGUUUAUUACCAUGGUAACACAGCGAUCUUUACCUGCCUCUCUCUCUCUGCAGGGGGGCGUGGUCUAUGCAAACUAUGGCCGUCCUCAGGAUUUUAAAUGGCUGGAGAGUACGGGCGUGUCUAUGGUCGGCUGUGUGGUGGUGAUGCGUGUGGGGGGCGGGGUCAGUUUUGCUGAGAAGGUCUGGUUGGCUGAGAGUUACAGGGCGGGCGGAGCUUUGAUAUACCCUGACCCUGCUGAUCUGCCCCAGGACCCCCGACGCCUUGGACUGAGCACACACACCGCUGUGUCUGAACAUGUAACAAACACAUACCUGCACACAAACACACAGAUUUUCUGCUCCCUCUGACCAAUCAGCAUCUCUCUUUGCUUUGUCCAAUCACAGGUCCAUCUGGGGUCAGGAGACCCCUUUACCCCGGGUUUUCCCUCCUUUAAUCAUACCCAGUUCCCACCCAUCCAGUCUUCUGGCCUGCCACUCAUCCCAGCUCUGCCAAUCAGUGCCUCUGUGGCUGCCAAGCUGCUUAGGUAAGCCCCGCCCCCUAGUUACCUGUCCAGGUGUUUUGUGAACUCAAUAUAUGUCUCUGUGUUUCAGUCAGCUGUCUGGGCCAUCCUGUCCUCCAUCAUGGCGGGUACGGCUGCCGUACGUGCGCUGCGUGGUCGGUCCAGGCCUCAGCUCUGGACGCAGAGUCAAGAUGUCGGUUCACAACGUCAUGACGCCAGUCCUGCUCAACAACAUCUUCUCCUCUCUGGAAGGCCGCGUGGAACCAGGUAUCACCUGACCACAGAGACAUGGUCACAUGAUCCAUCAGGGGUCAAUAAUAACUGUCAUCCUUCUGUCAGACCAGUACAUCAUCCUGGGAGCUCAGAGGGACUCACUGGGUCCAGGAGCAGUCAAGUCUGGAGUCGGGACAGCAAUACUCCUGGAGCUGGCUCGGACCUUCUCUGCCAUGGUGACGAAUGGUAAGAUCACCUGGACACGGGUGAGACAACAGCGGUGAUGCUGCAAACGCGAAUGCUAGGCCAUAGAGCAGGUACGCCUGUGACCUUCCUGAUGCUCAAAGGAUCGAGGACGAGGAAUGUAGGCAGUGAUAUGCUAACAGCUCCAGGAAUAGGCCUCAUGUAUUUAAAAGCAGAUGUCCUUGUGUCUCCUGCUGUCUUCCUUUCUCUGUGUGUCCCGUCUCAUAGAAAAGACACAGGUGUUAGGUUAAGGCUAACCCCCAAUUUCCACCUUCAUCCUGAACGUCUCCUAAAAGGUCAUAUCCUCCGAUCGUAGCUGAUCGUAACCAUUCAAGUUAACGUGUCAAUUUACACCGACUUCUUUCCGUUCCUCUGCGGAUCGCUGGACUCCUCAGCUGAUCACAAGAGUUCUAUUUUUUCUGGACGCCGCAGAAUGCCGAUAUGAGGGACUGAGCAGGGCGACGCACAGCCGAGGAAACAGAAAACACCAUGGAUGAGGAGAUGCUGAUUCUAGAAGUCUAGAAGUAGGAUUCCUCCUCUGGAAGGACACAAUCUACUGCUUAUAUGUCUAUGUGGCUGUCUUUAGAGAGACAACUCAUUAUCGCGCGAUUGAACGUGAAUCUGCGGGUUCUUGUGAGUUCUCGCGAUUCCUGCUGUCCGUAAUCCGCCACGAAAUUCGACUCACAAACGGAGCCGGUAGGAAUUGGCGUACGGAGAAAAUCGUUGCCGUUCUGGAUGUGGUUGAAAUCCUGGGUAAGCGCCCUCUAUCUCUGACCUUCACCACACAGGCUUCUGUGUUUGUACCCGCAGGUUUUAGUCCCAGACGCAGUUUGUUGUUCGUCAGCUGGGAUGCUGGAGAUUUUGGAAACGUGGGAGCAACAGAGUGGCUUGAGGUUUGUCCAAUCAGAGAGCAGAAAACAUCUAUCAAACACCACAGAAGAAGAACCCGAAGAGGUGUCUGUGGUGGCAGAGUAACUUUUGACCUUUGUUUGCCAGGGUUACCUGUCCAUGCUCCACCUGAAGGCUGUGGCCUACUUCAGUCUGGACCAGGCCAUCAUGGGUAACACAGCUCUCAGCCAAUCACAGAGGACUAUAUCUAAGUCUAAGCCAAUCAGGGAUGAGAUGAAAUAAACACCUGUCCUUUGAUUUACCUGUCUGUCCGCCUGCAGGUGAUGACGUCCUGUCUGCCUGCAGCAGUCCUCUGCUGGUCGACCUUCUGGAUGCUGCUAUCAGACAGGUGAACAGCGCGUUUGAUUAUCAGUGAUGUCACUUCCUGUCAUGCUAGAUUUCAUUAUUGCUUGUGGCCCUGUGUUUGAUUGACAGGUGGAGCAUCCCAAACAUGCAGGACAGACCAUCUACAGCCAGGCUGAGAGAGAGGGCGGCAGCUGGAGAAUGUGAGGCUAAUACACACACUCACACUCAUACACACACACACACACACACACACACACACACACACACACACACACACACACAUACGCACACACAAACACACUCAUACACACACCUGCGCACACACCAUGAUCCUUUGCAUGCUAAUACGAUUGUACUUUAACUGAUGAUGGUGUCAUAUUUUGUGAUGUUAGCUAUGCUAGCUGAUUAGCCCACUAGCUGGUUAGCCCGGUGGUCACUUGUAGCUAAAAUGAACGGGCAGCACUACCUAACACCGUGGUCAUGGUAGAGACACAACAGGCAAUCAUCGACGGGAACAGGCCUUUUCCGUUCAGGUCAGUGUGACACGUCUGCAGAAGUAACAAUAGGGUGACCAUAUUCUGACUUCCCUAAAAGAGGACACGACUACGCAGGGGCGGAGUCACGGAGUCGCAUGAAGUUAAUUUUGAGAGUUUCUCAGUUCAGAUCGAGUGUCUUUGAUGAGCUUCUAACUCAGUAAGUCCAUGUGACACAAAAUUGAAACUCUUGUACAAAAGCCGGACAGCCCCCCAAAAAGAAGACAUGUCCGAGUAAAAGAGGACGUAUGGUCUUCUAGCUAACAACAGCAGAGUCCUUCAAAACUGGGUACUUCACUGGGUUAGCGUUGUGUCAUUCAAAAGAACUGAACUGCUGAGUGAACGACGUGAACUGAAUCACUCAGAGACCUGAUUUUUUCCUUUUCUGGUCGGGAGUGGAACUGCCGCCUUUCAGUCUUUGGCGACUGACAGCCAGCAAGCGAGCGGGUGGGCAGAGUCUCGUGAUUUGCUCACAGCGAAUGAACAACAUUUAUCAGUCAGACUGUGAACGAAACGAACGACUUCUGAACGACUUGAGUCAGGCAGAGGAGGGAGGGGUGUAGUAUCGACUCGCGCUCGUUUGGCGGCGUGCUGCUCGCUGCUGUGUUGUAUCCGCCGACAGACGGCGACACACAGAGAGGUGAUUUUUUCAGGGUAGGGGAGUGAUUCUUCCUUCAGGACUUGGCGAAUGAACGACAUGAGUCACCCAGUGAACGACGCUGUGACUUCAGCAGGAGGGGAGGGGCUAAUGAACGAACUCGCCGCCGUGUCACUCACUGGUGUACUGCAGCGACAGGACGGGGCUCCAAAGAACUGACUGAUUCAGUGAACGAAUCUUUUGAGGGAAUCGUUUAAUGAUUCUAAAGAUUCAGUCAAAAUAACUGAUCGUCCAUCACUGUUCUGCUCGUCUCCUCAGUAUGAAGCCGCUCUACCUGAACAGCGGAGCGUACAGCUUCACGGCGUUUGCAGGAGUCCCAGCCAUGGAGCUCAGGUUUACUGAGGUGACACACACACACACACACACACACACACACACACACACACACACACACUCAGAUCAUGGUAGACGUACCAUCAGAUGUGUUCAUCCUCAUGAUCAGCUGUUUUGUGUGUUGUCAUGUUUUCUCUCACUUCCUCGCCCCUCACUGUUUCUUAUUGAUGUGUCACAUGGUGUCAUGUGACAUCACAGGUGUCAUGUGUGCAGGUGUGCUUUCCACAGGUUGAUGUGUGUGUGUCUGUUCAGGAGCGAGCAUACCCGUUCGUCAACACACCGUUGGACACCGCCUCUCGCCUACAGGAAGUGCUGGGGGGUCGUCUCGGGAUGACGGGGCGGAGCCUGGGGGAGCUGGUGGGCGAGAUGGUUCUGCGAUUGGCUCAUGAUCACAUCCUGCCACUACGCAUCACUUCCUACGCACAGACGGUGCUGCAGUUCAGCGCUCAGCUCAACAGACACUCUGCAGAGCUGCAGGUACUCAGUCUCACCUGAGUCCGCACCGUUUACAGGAACUCCGAGACGUCUUCAAGUUUUUAACGUUUUUAUGUACGAAAAAUUAUUAAAACCUUCGUAGAAAGAAGAUCCAGGUUCAUGUUUCCCAUCGUGUGCCUCUGUAGACCUCAGUGAACUCAGCAGACCAGGUUCUGUAGACCAGAAUGUGGUUUCAUAUCAUAUGAAGGUCUUCCCUGAAAAAGUCCCAGUCUGGAUGGCAGCAGAUGUUGCUCCUAAACCCCAAUUUUCACUGCUUCCAGAACAGCUCCGAUCCGGAAUGGUGGUGAUUUUCACCAUCCGCCAAUUCCUACCAGAUCCGUCUGUGAGGCCGUGGCAGAUUACGGACAGCGGGAAUCACGAGACUUACAAGUCUCACAAGAACCCGCAGAUUCACGAUCAAUCACACGAUAACGAGUUGUCUCUCUAAAGACAGACACAUAGACAUAUAAGCAGUAGAUUGUGUCCUUCCAGAGGAGGAAAUCUACUUCUAGACUUCUAGAAUCAGCAUCUCCUCAUCCAUGGUGUCAUCGGGGUGAAAUGACGUCUAAAAACCUUUCACUUGUUCGUCUCCGCCCGUUUGCAUGGUGUGAAAUACGAUCCUCCUGAAACACGGAGUGUUUUAUUUUGAAAAGAAGCCGGAUGUUUUAUUUUGUGUCUGUGCCCGACUUCCUUUCCAGCACGGGUUAAUCUGUGCUGAAUUUAUCCGCCAUGCUCCGGCGUCCAGAAAAAAUAGAACUCUUGUGAUCAGCUGAGGAGUCCGGCGAUCCGCAGAGGAACGGAAAGAAGUCGGUGUAAAUUGACACGUUAACUUGAAUGGUUACGAUCAGCUACGAUCGGAGGAUACGACCUUUUAGGAGACGAUCAGGAUGCGGUGGAAAUUGGGGACAAACGUGGAGAUCUUGUUCAGCGUUCAUGGUACCAGUGUUUGUGGUUCUGAGGUGGUGUAAAGACAGGACUUGUCUCUGUGUUCCCAGUCCAGAGGUUUGUCUCCUCAGUGGGUGUUCAGUGCCAGAGGAGAUUACAGCCGAGCGGCCGAGACGCUGCAGAGAGCCAUCGACUACAGCGACAUGCACGACCUGAUCACCGCUCGCUCCUACAACACCCGAAUAAUGAGGGUACGAACUCCGCAGACACAAGAGCUGGUAUCAUUUACUAACAUACAGACGUUGGAGUUUCAACAGUUUACUCGUUAGCUAAAGUCACGUUUAAUAAACGCAGGAGUUUUUCUUUGCAUUAUUUUUUUACUUUUAUUUUGGAGGGACAACAGGAAUAAGGCUGUUGAAGUGUGUGUUUGUUGACUCACUCACAUUAAUUAAACUUCCUUCAGCGUCUAACAGCAUGAAAAUAACUUCCUGUUUCUGUCCCCAGGUGGAAUACUACUUCCUGUCCCAGUACGUGUCAGUCGUGGAGACGCCGUUCCGUCACGUGAUCCAUGGCCGAGGUAACCACACUCUGAGCGCGCUCACUGAGCACCUAGCCCUGCUGACCUCUGACCCCGAACGCUUCGACGAGAAACACUUCAGACGACAGCUCGCCUUCUUCACCUGGACGCUGCAGGGCGCCGCCCACGGCCUGAGCGGGGACAUACACAACACACACACAUAUACACACACACGCUGAAACACAACACACACACACACACACACACACACACACGCACACACACACGCACACACACACACACACACACACACACACUUCAUGGUUCAAGAGUUUCAGAGUUUCCUGUUUCAAACUGAAGCAAGAGUCUCAUUUAUUCACUCAUUUACUCACUUAUCCAUUCACUCACUCAUUCAUCCAUUCAUUCAAUUAUUCAAUUUAUUUCUCUUUUCACUCAUUGGUUCAGUCCCCCACUCACUCACAAACUCACUCGCUCAUUCAUUCACUCUUUCAUUCACUCAUUUAUGCUAUCAUUCAUUAAAACACUUAUUCAUUAAUUGAUUCCCUCACUAACUCAAUUAUUCAUUCACUCAAUAAGUUAUUAAUUCGGUCACUCAUUUAUCCAUUAACUCACUCACUCACUCACACAUUCACUUGCUCACUCACUUAUUCAUUCUCUCAUUUAUUCAUUCACUCAUUCACUGACUCAUUCAUUCACUCACUCAUUCAUUAAUUGAUUCGCUCACUAACUCAAUUAUUCAUUCACUCAAUAAGUUAUUAAUUUGGUCAUUCAUUAACUCACUCACUCACUCAUUCAUCCAUUCACUCACUCACUCACUCAUUCACUCACUCACUCACUCACUCAUUCAUUUACUCACUCACUCGCUCAUUCAUUCAAACUUUCACUCACUCAUUUAUUCUAUCAUUCAUUAACUCACUCAUUAAUUCAUUGAUUCACUCACUAACUAACUCAAUUAUUCAUUCACUCAAUAAGUUAUUCAUUCGGUUAUUCAUUAACUUACUCACCCACUCAUUCAUCCAUUCAGUCAGUCAGUCAGUCAGUCAGUCAGUCAGUCACUCACUCACUCACUCACUCACUCUCUCAUUCAUUCAUUCUCUAACUUACUCAUUCAUUUACUCGCUCAUUCACUCACUCACUUACUUACUUAUUCAUCCACUCAUUUAUCCACUCAUUUACUUAUUUAUCCUCACUCAUUUAUUCACUCUCUAACUCACUCACUCACUCACUUACUAAUUCAUUCAUCCAUUCUGUAAUUCAACCAUUUACUCACUUACUCAUUCUUUCAGUUGUUCAUUUUUUCACUCACUCACUCACUCACUCACUCACUCACUCACUCACUCACUCACUCAUUCAUUCAGGCUGAGACUCUUGCAGACCAGCUCUCACAGUUAAAAUCCUCCCGUUGUGUUCCUCUUCAGUAAACACCGAUCUUCUGUCUCAUUCAUGGGUUUGUCACCAGGGGGCGACAGAGAGCGUUUCAGAGUUCUGCUCAGACGUUAAUGAUUCUAAACUAGAAUCACGAGCGCUCAAUAGCUGGAUGUUUUUUUACGACUGUGUUUGAAUUAAAAUCUGUUAAAAGGACUUUUUUUUUCAUCACUACUUCUAAACACAAGAUUAUGUUUUAUUUUGAAAGUAUUCACCUCUUCCUGUUGGAGGGCACAGAGAAUUAAAGGUUUUACAUGCUGUCUUUAAAGUUCGAAACACUGAUUUUAUUUUGAAGGAUGGAGUCUGUUAAGUUUGUGCUUUUAUUUUGAAGUUUUAUAGACUCUUAAUUUGGCAGAUUGAUUGUGUGUUUAAUAAAGCAGAGAAACACAGUGAGGAGCAUAGAACCAAGGAGACUUUUAUUCUGAAAGGACCCCAAACAGGAAGUUGUCCACAGAGGUGACUCUCCUCGUUUCAUUGGCUCUGUGGUGUCAUGUGACCUGAAAGACAGACAGAUACUCUGUUAUGGUUGUAAGUGUCCACUGGGGGGCGCUGUGACCGACUGAUCCUCACUCGACCUGCUCUGAGAUCCUGAGACCAGCAUCAGGUAUCAUGACAGGAACUCGGACUCAGGGAACCGGGUCCACAUUAGAACUGGACUUGGGUUGGUUUAAGUGAACGGACUCGAACACUCGGUCAUCAGGUCAGCCUCGUUAACUCGUUAACUCAUUAACUCGUUAACUCGAUAACUCUUUAACACGAUAACUCGUUAACUCCUCCUCCUUUGAUCACCUCCAGUCCUCCUCCUCUGUGAUCUCACCUACAAAGAGACUUUUUCCAGUCCAUCAACAGCAGGGGGCGCUGUCUCUCCUCCUGGUUCUCCUCCCAGUUCUCCUCCCAUCUCACCUCCUCCUGGUUCUCCUCCUGGUUCUCCUCCCAGUUCUCCUCCUGUUUCACCUCCUCCUGGUUCUCCUCCUGUCUCUCCUCCUGUUUCACCUCCUCCCGUCUCUCCACCUGGUUCUCCUCCUCCUGUCUCUCCUCCUGUUUCUCCUCCUCCUGUCUCUCCUCCCGGUUCUCCUCCUCCUGUCUCUCCUCCUGGUUCAACUCCUGUCUCUCCUCCUGGUUCUCCUCCCGUCUCACUUCCCCCUGUCUCACCUCCCCCUGGUUCUCCUCCUGUCUCUCCUCCUGUUUCUCCUCCUCCUGUCUCUCCUCCUGUUUCUCCUCCUCCUGUCUCUCCUCCUGGUUCAACUCCUGUCUCUCCUCCUGGUUCUCCUCCCGUCUCACUUCCCCCUGUCUCACCUCCUCCUGGUUCUCCUCCUGUCUCUCCUCCUGGUUCUUCUCCUGUUUCACCUCCUCCUGGUUCUCCUUCUGUCUCACCUCCUCCUGUUUCUCCUCCUCCUGUCUCUCCUCCUGGUUCUCCUCCUCCUGUCUCCUCUCCCGUCUCCUCUCCUGUCUCUUCACCCUCUAUCUCACCUCCUUCUUCCUCACCUCCUGCAUCUCCUCCUGUUUCUUCUCCUCCACCCUCCUCCUCUCCUUCUCCUUCCUCUUCUUCAUCUUCACCCUCCUCCUUGCUCUCUUUUUCUCCUCCUCCCUCCUCACCACUUUCUUUCUCUCCUUCCUCCCCCUCUUCCUCUGUCUCUUCCUCCUCCUCCCUAUCAUCCUCAUCUCCUUCUUCCUCCUCUUCCUCCUCCUUCUCUUCCUCUCCUUCUCCCUCCCCCUCUCUCCCGUUCUCUCUUUUUCCUUCCCCCUCUUCUUCCUCCUCUUCUCCUUCAUCACCCACUCCCUCUCUCUCUUCAUCUCUCCUUCCAUCCUCUUCCUCACUCUCAUCCUCCCCACCCUCUUUCCUUUCUCCUCCUUCUCCCCUUCUUUCCUCGCUGUCCUCCUUCUUUUUCUGGACGUCCUUUACUUCCUUAUCCUCUUUUUCUUCUUUUUCUUCUUCUUCUUCUCCUCCUUUGUUGCUCCCCUCCUCCCCUUCUCCAUGAUCUCCUCCCUCCUCCUCCUCCUCCUUCUGCUCCUUCUCCUCUUCAUCACUUGUUUGGGCGGAGUCGCUCUGAAGUGAAACAGAAACAGUUUUUGGUUAUUGAAGCUCGGGUUAGUGAGGAAGAGGAGGAAGAGGAGCUCUCUGAUUGACCCUCACCUCCUCCUCUCCUUCGGCGCUGUCUGACCUCGUCACUCUUCUUCUGUGGAUCUGAAACAACCAAAGAAACGAUCAUGUGACCUGUCUCAUGACACGAACUUCAGAACAGCUUUUAACAGAAACAGCUGAUUCAACGCAAAAAUAUAAAAAAACACAACGAUCUAAAAAAGGCCAAACAUGAUUAAACUUUCAGGAAGCAAAAUUAAACAUGAAACAACUUUUCAAAAGUAAACAUGAUUAAAUUUUUUAAAAUAAAGUAAAACAUGAUUAAACUUUCAGGAAGUAAAGUGAACCAUUAGACAACUUUCUGAAAGCAAAACGAAACAUGAUAAAACUUUUUUAAAAAGUAAAGUAAACAUAAUUAAACUUUUUAAAAUAAUGUAAAACAUGAUAAAACUUUUAAAAAUGUAGUUAAAUGUGAUAAAAGUUUUUUUUAAGAACUGUAAAACAUGAUUAAACUUUUAUAAAAAAAAAGUCAAGUUAAACAUGAUAAAACUUAUUAAAUCAAGUAUAACAUGAUUAAAGUUUUUAAAAUAAAGUAAAACAUGAUAAAACUUAUUAAAUCAAGAAAACAUGAUUAAACUUUUAUUUAAAAAAUUAAAGUUAAACAUGAUAAAACUUAUUAAAUCAAGUAUAACAUGAUUAAAGUUUUUAAAAUAAAGUAAAACAUGAUUAAACUUUUUUUAAAUAAAGUAAAACAUGAUUAAAGUUUUUUAAAUAAAGUAAAACAUGAUUAAAGUUUUUAAAGUAAAACAUGAUUAAACUUUUUUAAACACAAACAGGUUCUGAGCGGAUAAACGAGUCGAUCGCUGAGAAAUCGUCACACUUACUGACACGCUCAGACUGAGGCUCAGCAAACACAAGACCAUCAGGGUGACCUUCAUCAUCAUCACUGAGGAGGAGGAGGAGGGAGCAGGAUUUAGUCCACAUGACUACUAAUACUACUGAUUCCACUAAUACUGCAGUUAUUACUAAUACUAACAACACGGCUAAUAACACAGAUUAAAGAAUCUAAUCUCAUGCUAAAGUUACAGUAAGAUGCUUUAGUCUAAGAGAAGCUGCUAAUCUUCACAUUUAAGGAGCAAAUAUGUGAAGUUUGGUUUCAGAACUGACUGAAAAAUAACCCCAAAUUAAUUUGCAAUUUACGUUUUUUUUAUGAUCUUGUGAAUAAUUCAACUAAAAAGUUGUUUUUCCACUGUUCUUUUAAAACUUUGCACAGGCCUGCAGCUAAAAAACUCUAUUGUUGUUCAAAGGAUCUGUGGUAAUAUUUGGAGUAUUGACAAGAAAACAGUAACCAGUAGUUUAACUUUUAUAGGAGAAACAUUGCAUCGCUAAAAAUGUUAAAGGUUUCUGUAAAAGUUUCAAAUUUUCUGUAAAAGUGCAAAAGAUUUCUGUAAAAGUUUCUAAAGUUUCUGUGAGAUAUUCAAGAAUUUCUUUAAAAUUAUUAAGAGAUUCUCUGAAAGACUGAAGAGUUUCUCUAAAAGUUUAAUGUUUUUUUGUAAAAUAUUCAAAUAUUUCUGUGAAAGUUGAACAAUUCUGUAAAAGUAUAAAAAGUUUCUGUUUUAAAAGUUCCUUUGAAAGUUUCUUCAAGAUAUACAAAAAUUUCCGUGAAAGUAUAAAAAGUUUCUCUAAAUGAAUAAAAAGUUUCUGUAAAAGUUUUUAAAGUUUUUGUAAAAUAUCCAAAAAUUUCUGUAAAAGUUAAAAAAAUUCUGUGAAAGUAUAAAAAAUUUCUCUAAAAUUUUCAUAGAUUUCUGAAAAAAAGUUUCUCUAAAUGUAUAAAAGUUUCACUAAAAAAUUCUGUAAAAGUAUAAAAACUUUCUGUAAAAUUAUAAAAAGUUUCUGUAAAAUUAUAAAAAGUUUCUGUAAAAUAUCUGAAAGUUUCUGUAAAAGUAUUAAAUGUUUCUCUAAAAGUAGUAAACAUUUCUGUAAUAGUAUAAAUAAUUUCUGUGAAAGUAUAAAAAGUUUCUGUUACAGUAUAAAAACUUUCCGUAAUAGUAUGAAAAGUUUAUGUGAAAGUAAAAAAAGUUUCUGUAUAACAAUAAAAAUUUUCUGUUAAAGUAUAAAAAGUUUCUGU